AUGCAUAAUGCCAAAGGAGGCGCUCCAUUACUUUUUCGAAAACGUUUGGCGGAUGACGAGAAAAAGUUUAUAGCGUUUACUCAUAUGAUGAUUGUAUACGUUCUUUUACGAUGGUUAAAUGCAAAGCGACUACCUUCACCACAAACAACAAGACUUCCGUCGUUAUUUAAAUUUAUUCCCAAUCUGUUUUCGCUUUAUUUCCCUGCGUUGGUAGUAGAAGAAUUUUUACACUUUUUCCUGCUACGAUAUUUUGUCCAUAUCCGUAACAUGAACAGCUUCACCAUUCGAGGCAGACCACCACCACCCGAAUCAAAAGACGACGAUUGUUGUGUAUGCAUGGGGGUUGGCAUAGGCACACACACCACAACAUUCUUUACAGACAUUGAAGAAGAUGAAUUCGCCGAUGAGAGCUGUCUCGGCGCACUAGAGAAUUAUUGUAAUAUACCGCAUCAUGUAGCACAUAGACCUUGUAUGUUUCGUUGGUUUACAACGGGAUUGGCGCGUGUCUCUGGCCCAAUACUAGAUUUCAAUCAACAACUGAAUCAAAUGCGACCGGCCCCCGUGUGUCCUAAAUGUCGUGGCAGCUUGGCCGUGGAAAUUAUCACCAAGGAUUCUUUGGUGGAUGAUGAUAAUUGGAGAAAUAGAACCACUUGGAAUUCAAGGAUUAAUUCUUUAAUCAGAGAUUGGAGGAAGGUGAUGAAUUGGCGUUGGAUAUUUGCUAGAAGUGAAUUGACAAUCGCGUAUAUAUUGAUUGUGUGGAGAAUAUUAAAAUGGAGAGAAAAAGCACAAGACAAAUUAUUAAGACGAUAA